AUGGCUCCCGCUCGCGAUCCCGACCCGCGUUCCCCCCGUCGCCGCCAGCCGCGGGCGCUCGGGGUUUUAGCGGUGUCGCAGAGCAGCGACGGCUCCUUCUUCACCCGACGGAGCAGAGGAGGCUUCGGGGCUCCACCGGAUUUUGGGGGGUCGCACAAAUGUUUCGGGAGGGGCCGCGGGGACUCCGGGCCGGCGGAGCCGCCGGCGGGAAUCUGCUUCAGGAGGAUCUCCGCUGCCAUGGUGACAGAGCUCUAUCGCUUCCGGGACACGCUGAGCGCUCGCGACCCGCCCGGUGACCCCGGUGACCCCGGCCGUGACCCCGGUGACCCCGGCAGUGACCCCUUGGUGGCCGAGAUGGAGAAAACGCUGAAGCUGAUGGAGGAGAUCCAGGGCAGGGAGGGGCUGGGGCGUGGCUGGGCGUGGCUGGGAUGGCACUGGGCGUGGCUGGGUGUGGUCUGGAUGACGCUGGGUCUGGCGCUGGGCCACGCCCUGAAGCUGGAGCCGGGGCUGGGCGCGGCCUGGCGGCAGCUCGGGGAGCAGCGAUGGCGCCGGGGGGACCUGAGGGGGGCCCGCGACGCCUUCGGGGGGGCCCUGCAGCAGGGCGAGGACCCCGAGGCGCGGCGCCUGCUGUCCAUGGCCCUGCGAGCGCAGGGGGCGGAGGCGGCCGUGAGGUGCGACCCCAGCGACGGCCGCUCCUGGUACGUGCUGGGGAACGCCCACGUGUCGCUGUUCUUCGCGGGGGGGCAGAGCCCCGGCAGCGCCCGGCGCGCGCUCGCGGCCUACGCCCAGGCGGAGCGCGUGGACCCCGCGGCCGCUGCCGACCCCGACCUGCACCUGAACCGAGCCACGCUGCUGCAGUUCCUGGAGCGGUUCCAGGCGGCGCUGGAGGGGCUGAGCCGCGCGGCCGAGCUGGCCCCGGGCUGGGACGAGCCCCGGCGGCGCCACGGGAACCUCCUGGAGUUCCUGAGCCGGCUCUGCGCGCUGCUGGCCAGCAGGGGGAAGCUGCGGGGGAAGCGGCGCCGGGGCCUGGCCGGGCCUGUGCCCCUCCCCCUCCUGGGCCCGCGGGGGGGGGCGGGGGGGCCGCGCCCCUCCCCCCUCGCCGCGCUGCGCCCGGGGCCCAACCCCCAGCGCGUGGUGCUGGGGAGGGUCCUGUUCAGCCUGGCCCCGCCCGGGGGCGUGCCCUACGCGGUGGGGCUGCAGGACGGCGCCGGGGCCGUGGCCGCGGUCACCGUGUACAACGCGGCUCCCGCCUGGGGCCUGAGCGUGGGCGACGCGCUGGCGCUGCCGGAACCGGUCCUGACCCAGCACCAGCACCAGCACCAGGGACAGACUUUCUCCUUCCUGGGGAUCCGCGUCUCCUCCCCCCUGUCCCUCGUGGUCAACGGGAAGCGCCCGCCCGCCUCCGCCCUGGCCCCGCCCCGCCUGGCGCUGUCCAAUCCCAGCGCGCUGCCAGGGGAGGCCACGCCCCCCGGAGCACACUGACCACGCCCACCUUUGGGUUGGGGGCGGGGUUUGUGUCAGAAUUUGGGGAAAUAAAGGAAUGUUUUGGGA